CUGCCCUGUGCGCACUCCCGACGCAGGGGAUGGGGGGAUACCCUAGCUUGGCACGGCAGGUUAAAGGCUGUUUCUACACUCGCUUCUAUAGUUACAAGGCAGACGUGUGUUGCUUGUGUAUUGGACAUGUUGACAUAGACAGCAUAUUGUGAGUAAACAGUGAAACCAGUUUGUGGAGGUUCCUCCCUUCAGGUGCAAUGCUGUCCGACAGAAAGCUUUGACAGAUGGAACAAACUGGAGCCAAAUGGAGCAGCUGUGUUGGACAGCUUUGUGCUUCGACAGCCGCGUUAUUGUUGCUGUGGAUGAACGGACUGUCCCUCGUGCAGAUGGCCCACUGCUCCGUCACGUACAGACACCAACCAGGAGAUCCAGUGUUGGUGGAUGAGACAGAAGCUGCAUCCUUCCUGUCCCGUUCACUGCUCUAUAACAGCUGGGACUUUGAGCUGGUUGUGCCUGGUGAUGUGGAGAGGGAGUGCAUGGAAGAGAUUUGCAACUACGAGGAAGCCAGAGAGAUUUUUGAGGACACUGCGAAGACGGAAAAUUUUUGGAAAACGUACACCAAUCAAGGUAGUGCAAACAGACUGGACGUGUCAGGUCUGGUGGCAGGGAUCCUGGCUGUACUAGUGUCUGCUGUAAUUGCCACGGUGCUGGGAGUGUACUGCUACAAAGCCAAGAAAAAGGGUGCACGGAGGUCUGGCCGACCUCCAGUACAAAUUGCAGUAGAUGGGCAUACAUCAGCUCCGGAGACGGUGCCCCUAGGUGGGAUCACUGCACCCGGUCUGCCUAGCUACAACGAUGCCCUGAACCACAGUGGGCAGCACGAUGCUCCACCACCACCAUAUUCAGGGGGUGCGCCGUCGGUAUCUGCUGAUCCAGGUGACAAUGAAUGAAAGCCCUGCAGGUCACUGUGUGAAACCUUGACACUGAUGGUUUGGGGAAAAUUUCUGGUUGUUUUUUAAAAUAUACAUAUUUUCCUUAGGAGUGCAGUUCAAAGACAGUCCCAAAGUGGACCGUAGCUAAUCAUUUGUCACUAGUCUGAUCACUUAAGACUUCGUUUUUGUGCUGUGUUUGUGCAUUUGUGUUCAAGAAAAACCAAGAUGCAUUUUAUAUAAUAAAUCAUGUAACAAUUUC